UCAUUCAGGUCAACCUUAAAGGGGAUUGUAAGGACACCAGAGGUUCGAGAAUUGAAGCACUGCUACAUUUCACAAAGCCUUACAUCCUCUGUUUUCCACACUUUCAAGCAGCUCUGGAGAUGAUUUUCAAAGCUCUUGCUUGGUCUCUGUCUCUGUCCUCUGAAGUAUGCCAUGAAUGUGGGAAGAACUGACUUCGAUGGAGGAGUCCACUGGGUUCACUUGGUGUGCUUCAAGGCUAAUUGCCCAUUCUUCUGCUGUGCUAAAUCAGCAAGGAUAAAGAAGGGGAUUCAUUAUGAUUUUCUGCUACUGUGUACUGGAGUAAAAGUUCCUCGUAAUUUUCGUCUGUUGGAAGAACUUGAAGAAGGUCAAAAAGGAGUAGGAGAUGGAACAGUUAGCUGGGGCCUUGAAGACGAUGAAGAUAUGACACUCACAAGAUGGACAGGAAUGAUUAUUGGACCUCCAAGAGUGGACCCCAGAGCCAUAUCAGUUCUAGCAAAAUGGCAGAAUUCUUAUAGUAUCAAAGUUGUUCUGCAAGAGCUUCGGCGUCUAAUGAUGUCUAAAGAAAAUAUGAAACUUCCUCAGCCACCUGAAGGACAAUGUUACAGCAAUUAAUUAAAAAAAAAUCAUGCCCCCUUUAUUCAAUUUAAGCUGUCUUCAUUUUCCACAGUAGUAAAUUUUCUAGAUGCAUCUUGUAGACCUCAAAAUACUGGAAAGGAAGUUCCCAUUCAAAGGAAGUUUUUCUUGAGAUACUGUAAAUGAUACUAAUUUUUUCAUUUGAAAUAUAAGUUGUGCUAUAACAAAUAAUCCUGUCGUGUAACCACUGUCCACAUAGCUGAACUUCUGGUAUCAGGAAAAGUCUAUUUAAAUUUAUUACUGUUAAGACCAGUGUGGCACAUCUAACUUAACUGUGAAAGCAUACCUCCCACAAUCACCUUGCUGUGUGUCUGGCCUGUUUUUUUUUUUUUUUUCUUUUUUCUUUUUCUGUCUUUUGCAAUAGAGUCGAAGCUCAGGGCUGUUUAUUAGAGUAGACACAAAGGUUUUUGCUUCCAGUACUACACUGGGCUUUACGGACUACUAAUGGGGAUGUGUGCUAACCUCAGUCAUCCCUCCCUUUGUGCUAUCUCUAGUAAAGGCUGAAUGUGACUGUGGUCAUUUUUGUUUUUGUAUUUUUUUAAAUGCCCUGAUAAUCUGGGGCAAGCUUUCCUCCUUCCCUUUGGCCAAGGCAUAGAUUGUAUUUCUCUUCCUGGUCCCCCUCAUCAGUAACGUGGGCAUUUGGUGAGGGAUUCAGGGUUCUUUUAAUCUCUUCCCUCUUCCCCUCUUUUUAGUGGGGGUGCUGCUUUCUUUUUGCCCCUUUUUGUGACUCUUCUCACCCCUGGACAGCAGGGGUAAGCGUUGGGGCAAUAACUUGACCUGUUCCCUCCUGCUUAUUGUUCUGGUUUUGCAACAAAUUUAGUCUUCACCAGCCUGGGAAACAAGAGUAUCUGUUCUGCUCACAGACUGGGAUUUUCCCUGCCCCUCUGGCACUGCUGCCACACCACCAAGCUGGCCACGGCUGAUGUUAAUAGAUAGGCUUUUGGUGAAAAGAGCAGUCAUUUACCAGGAUUGCCGAAAUCUUCUGCUGCCAAAGUUUAAUGGGGAAACUGCACGUCCAGAAUAAACACACACUCCAACUCAAAUAGUUGUAUUUUGGUGCUUUGGAUUGACCUGAGAAUGUUAAUUAACUAAAACACAGCACUUAUGUUCGGCCUUUUUAAAGAUCUGACAGACAAAUCAAGUCAGUGUAGACUUCAGUAGGAUUCUGUUAAGUGUUGGAGGUGAAAACCCCUCUGUGAAGAUUCUGGGGAAGUGGUGCGUACAGCAGAUUAAGGACCUUUGUUGGCUUUGCAUCCUGGCAAAUCACUGCCUUUUCUGUUUUACUGUUUUGGACCACUAACUGCUGCAAUGUGGAUGCAGGCUUACAUACCAACAACCUAGUGUGUCCGAAGUUUUAUGAAAAAAUCUAGUGUUUGUGUAAAAAAAAAAAAAAAAAAAAAAAGAAAAAAAAAUAAACACAUUUGAAAGCAGCA